CGUCUGCCCCCACUUGAUAAAAUUUCAAAAAUCGAGAGAGCGGCAAACUUUCAAAAACUCCAGUUUCUCACAACGGCUUCAACUUACAGUCACACACAUAUCUUUCAAACCCCCAAAUUACAGAUUUUUUCGAAACCCUAGCCGAUCAUACGUUCAAAUUCAACCACAUAACAAUUCCAAAUUCGACUUAAAGCGUCUCGAUUUUUGCCAAUUCAUCAACAUCUGUUAAAGAUCGUCGAAAAUGGGCGUCGAAAACUACCACGUGAUUGAGCUUGUUGGUGAGGGUUCUUUUGGUAAAGUUUACAAAGGAAGAAGAAAAUACACUGGUCAGACUGUUGCGAUGAAGUUUAUAAUGAAGCAUGGAAAGAGUGAGAAAGAUCUUCAUAACCUAAGGCAGGAAAUUGAGAUACUCAGAAAACUGAAACACGAGAAUAUAAUAGAAAUGUUGGACUCCUUUGAGACUGCACAAGAAUUUUGCGUAGUCACAGAAUUCGCUCAGGGUGAACUUUUUGAGGUUCUUGAGGAUGAUAAGUGUCUACCUGAAGAGCAAGUCAAAGCAAUUGCAAAGCAGUUGGUUAAAGCACUAUACUACUUGCAUUCAAACCGUAUUAUUCAUCGAGACAUGAAACCGCAAAACAUCCUUAUUGGUUCAGGCUCGGUUGUUAAGCUAUGUGAUUUUGGGUUUGCACGUGCCAUGUCAAUGAAUACUGUUGUGCUUCGAUCCAUCAAAGGUACUCCAUUGUACAUGGCCCCCGAACUUGUUCGCGAACAACCGUACAACCACACAGCUGACUUGUGGUCUCUUGGAGUAAUUUUGUAUGAACUUUUUGUUGGCCAACCUCCAUUUUAUACAAACUCAGUUUAUGCACUUAUACGACAUAUCAUCAAGGAUCCUGUUAAAUAUCCUGAAAAUAUGGGCGCAGAAUUUAAAAGCUUUUUGAAAGGAUUGCUUAAUAAGGUCCCACAACAAAGACUCUCUUGGCCUAGCCUUCUUGAGCACCCAUUUAUUAAAGACGAUUCAGUUGACUUGGAGAUGAGGGAGUUUAUUUCGGCUACAAAGCCGUUGGGGUGUGAAAUUCCAAAGGUCCCACUACCUGUACGCCCUAACACCAUAACUCCUGAAAGUAGAAAAGAUACUAGUGCUGAAAAUGAAAAUUCAUCCGUCCACCUUUCUAAUGCUCAACCUUGUGAGUUUGACUCGACUUUGACUGAGGAAGCUCUUGGGCUUACAGGUGGUCAACCACUGGAUAGAAUGGAAAACAACUCUCGCACUGUGAAAGGUGCGAAAGUUAUAGGCCAAGACAAAGAGGCAUUAACGCUUAUUCUUGAACCAGCUAAAUAUUUUUCCAAAGGAACAGGGAACACUAUCAGGAAGGAAGAUAUUCUCAAGUUGAACCAAUCACUUAGAAUUCUUUCAAACUUAGUUGCAGCCGAUGCUGUUGCACAUACUAGUCGUGAUGAAAUAAUUUUUGAGCUUUUGGGGCUUACUUCCGCUCUUAUUAGCCAAAAAAAGAUAGAUUUUUUUGAUUUGAUUGCUAAGAGUUUCCUGGUUAUUAGAAAGUUAAUUGAUCGUGGUGGAGAUAGCUUUGGGAGCUCAUAUUUUACCCAGUGGGUUGCUCUUGUCGAGCUGUUUUUACAGGUUGUUAGCAGCCUGGAUGAUUCUAGUGGCAGAGUUCUUUAUGAGUCUAUCUCCUCUAUUGCAGUUAUGAUAAAUCAAGUUACUUUGGCUAUUAAAGAAAUUUCUCUUUCUUGCCCUCCUAAAACUGUUGAUAUAUUGAAGCAAAUCCUUGACCAUGCUAUAACAAGUGGCUUGGUUGAUCACCUUUGCCUCUCCCUAGCAGCUUCAGGAACAAGUAUGAUUUCAGGUUCUGCUAAUUUAUCACGAGUUGCUGCAGAAGGGUGCAGAGCACUGUGGUUUUUGAUAAAUGCAUUAGAGAGUUUGUCUCUGAAAGAAACUGCUAGGGAAUUUCCACUCUCUUCUCUCCGUAGCCAUUCAUUGUCCCGACUAGAAAUCUCGGAGCAGGAAAAGUCUCCAGAUAUUGAGAUUGUGUGUGAGAAGGUGAUCGAUGCUAUUACAAGAGCAUUUCUGGAUUCCAAACCAGUUCAUUGUGCCAUAUUAUACUGUUUUCGACAGCGUAAUGAAGCUGUGCUCUUAGCUGGUAUCCAGCUCAUACUGAGGUGCUGUAUGCAUAGUGGAAUGGUGGCAAGUGCUCUUUGUGGCCUUCCCAGUUCCUUGCCUGUUACAACUGAGGUAAGUGGUGGAGGUGAUCAUACACUUGUCUCUGAGAUGUUCUCCAUAUUAUCUUUAUGUGGAUCAGCAUUGAGCAAAAAUUCACUAGCCAGUGAAGCUAAUGGCUCAAAGUGCAAAUUUGCUAAUCCUCGUGGGCUUGCUCUGCAUUCAUGCUUGCUUCUUGCAACAAUUGCUCAAUCUUUCAAGUCAACGGGGAGAAAAUAUGCAUCAUCAAUUUUAACCUCAUCCUCGAAAAGACAACAUGCAAGGCUUUCAUUGCUCGCUCAACUUUUUUCCUGUGAUGAUGGAGUUUCUACCUCAUUUCAACCUCAUUACUCAGCAGCAAUGCUGGCCUAUGCAUCCAUUUUAUUCCUUGAGACUGGAGCUUCUGUUGAAUCUUCAUUAUCUGAUAUAGCAAUGCCUCUUGUUCCUCGCACUGCUACAUUGUGUGACCUUCUCAAAAUGAAUUACAAAGUUGAGCACCAAAGCAACGGCAAUGGUACAAGCAUGCUUUCUCAUUGGCAUGGAUUCAGGGAUGGAUAUAUUGGCUUGCUUGUGUAUAGGCUAAAGUGGGGAGGACCUUUGGCUGUCCAGCAAUUUUGUGCAAGUGGACUCCCUCAACUUAUUAUAAAUUUACUGGGUGACAAUUCUGUUGUUGAUUCUCAAGAUGUGGUUGGAUUAUCUCCUGUUGGAGUAUUCUGGACUGUUUCAUGUCUAACCCAUUGCCUUCCAGGCGGUUCUGUGACCUUUCGACAGAUAUUGUUACAGAAUGACAAUGUUGCAUGUAUUCGUGACUUGGUUUCUGAUGCUCAUCUGAAGCCCCUUAAAUAUUGGGAGGGUCCUGGUGGAGGAAAAAGUGGAGUGAAGGAUAUCAUAAAUGCUGUGAUUGAUUUUUUGGCCUUCCCUUUUGUUGCUGUUCAGAACGCUACUAGUUUGCCUUCUACCACUGCUUCCAUUAGCAGUGGGCAUCUCCUAAAUGUAGGUUCACCUGGUGCCAAAAUAUGCAGCAAAGACUCAGACAUUAUGAAAGCUAUCAGGGAAAACAUGGAAAAAUACACAAAGAUUCUUGUAGAGGUUGGGAUACCUUCUAUAAUUCUGUGUUGUGCUGAUGCUUUGGAGUUGAAGGACACACAAAGGCCAGUGGCAUUCCUUGCUAAAAUGACUAGCCAUAAACCAUUGGCAAUUCAUCUUGUAGGGAAGGGGAUGCUGGAAGCUUCUAGGAUGAGAAGGUUGCUAGACGGUUCAAGCCCAAAAGGAGUUAUCCUGGAUGUCCUCAUGGUAGUGUCUGAACUAGCUCGUAUGGACAAGGGUUUUUAUGAGUACAUUGACAAGGCAAACAUAUUGACACGUUUAAAGGAGUUCCUCACCGAAAAAGAUCCUGACUUGCGCGCAAAGGCUUGUAGUGCUGUGGGAAACAUGUGUCGACAUAGCUCUUACUUUUAUGAUUCACUGGCAAGGCAUAAUAUCAUCAAUCUACUCAUAGAUCGAUGUGCAGACUCAGACAAGCGUACUAGAAAAUUUGCAUGUUUUGCGAUUGGAAACGCAGCCUAUCAUAAUGAUUUGUUGUAUGAAGAACUUAGAAGUUCCAUACAUCAACUAACAAAUUUGCUGCUUUCACCCGAGGAGGAUAAGACAAAAGCAAAUGCUGCUGGUGCUCUUAGUAAUCUUGUUCGCAAUUCCAACAAGCUCUGUGAAGAUAUUGUGUCCAUUGGAGCUAUUCAGGCUUUACUUAAGGUGGUGUCAGAGUGCUCCACUGCAGCCCUGAAUCCCCCAAGACGGGAUGCUGUUAGCGAAUCACCUUUAAAAAUCGUUCUUUUUGCUUUGGCGAAGAUGUGCGCACACUCGGCUUGCAGGAAUUGCAUUCGUUCGUCAGAGUUGUUUCCUGUGAUUGCACAGCUUCAACAAUCACCUGAAAAAACCAUUGCCAAUUAUGCGAAACUCAUUUAUGAUAAAUCCAGUAAAGCUUGAAUCCUAUUUUGCUGUAGGAGGAUAGUCAAGUUGAAUGUUUCCAAUGGUACCAAAAUCGUAGAAUCUGAAGGCGAACCCAGAGAUGACUGUUCAUAUUGUACAUAUUUAUGUAUUAAAAUACUUUUUGAUCUAUGUAUUAUUAUCAAUCAGUUUAUUGGUGUAAACAAAUUAAAUGUAUGAUUUUAGAAACUGAUGCAAUUCUGAAGUUUACAGUUUUCUAUUCAAGUUUGUUUGACAUGUGUUCUUGGCAA